AUGUCUUCAGCCUAUUCAUUAAAACUCGAAUUCUCACAAGCUGCUUUGACUGCCCUCAACAGUGCCAGUGAAAAAGUUUGUGUUGUUUGGUUGACCUUCAAGCCCUUCCCACACAAUACUAUUGAUUGGGCCGAAGCCUAUGGCAUCUACGCAAGUUCUACAUCUGUACAACAUGGAGCUACCAUUAAUAGAUUAUCAACUUUAAAGGCUGUAUCAAAGACUCAUCAAUAUCCAUUUAAUGAAUCAGGUUUCUUUGAUGGACCAAAUCAAACUCAUGUCAAAUCAUAUGGUUUAAUCAACAAUUACAACGAGCCAUUGACAUUUGGUCUCACCCAAACUGCCAUGGUCAACGGACACCAAGUUGACUCCGAACUCAAUGCCGUCACCGUAUUGCACAACCAAUCUGCUGAAUUUACACCAAUUGUAACCCUUUCAGUCUAUGUAGCUGCCUCUUUCAACAAUGGUAGUGUCAUUUCCGAUAUUUCAAGUAACACUCUUGUUCUUACCUAUACCUCUGAUACCCACAAGAAUAUCUAUUAUGAUGAUGUUCAAAAUUGCUUUGUCGAGGGAAAUCUACCCCUUUAA